AUGGUUGAUAUCAUCGGUGUGACUAAGGGUCACGGUAACACUAGUGUCACCACUCGAUGGGGUGUCACUCGUCUUGCCCGUAAGACCCAUCGUGGUCUCCGCAAGGUCGCCUGUAUUGGUGCCUGGCAUCCGGCCCGAGUCCAGUUCCAGGUCCCUAGAGCUGGUCAGAUGGGUUAUCAUCAUCGUGUUGAGAUCAACAAGAAGAUCUAUCGCAUCGGCAAGGCCCUUCGUGAGGAUCCUAACAACGCUGCUGGCUCCAACGAUCUCACCCAGAAGGCUAUCACUCCCAUGGGUGGCUUCCCCCACUACGGUGAGGUCAAUGAGGACUGGGUUAUGCUCAAGGGUACUGUUACUGGUCCUAAGAAGCGUGUCAUCACUCUUCGUAAGAGCCUUCUACCCCAGACUAGCCGUAACGCUUUGGAGAAGAUCGAUCUCAAGUUCAUCGAUACCUCCUCUAAGUAUGGUCAUGGUAGAUUCCAGACUGCUGAUGAGAAGAGGAAGUACUAUGGUCGCGAGGCUGAGACUACCCAGGCCUAA